CCAGAUGUUUACUUUGAACGAUCAACUGCAGACUUCACGUCAGACGCCGUAGCCCGAUCAACAGCCGCGAAGCUCAAGCUUGAAUCGUACUAUAAGGUCGCUGUCGACUCGGCGAUCGAACGCAAUGCUAGGCGGAUCGAGGUGGAGACCAGGUUGACUCAGCUGCACACACAAGACGCGAAGGAACGAGAGAUUCGGAAGUAUAGCAAGACUGAAUCCCAACAUCUACGGCUUCGCAGAACUAAAAUCAAGUUGUCUGAUUUCCGAACGGUCAAGGUCAUAGGAAAAGGCGCCUUUGGAGAGGUGCGCUUAGUUCAGAAAGUCGAUACAGGAAAGGUUUACGCGAUGAAGAGUCUUCAGAAAGCGGAGAUGUUGAAACGGGAUCAACUGGCCCACGUUCGAGCGGAACGCGACGUGCUCGCCGAAUCAACAUCACCUUGGGUUGUGCAACUAUUUUACUCAUUUCAAGAUCCCUUGUACCUCUAUCUUAUCAUGGAGUUUCUCCCUGGUGGCGAUUUGAUGACCAUGUUGAUGAAGUACGAUGUGUUCUCGGAAGAUGUUACCCGAUUUUAUAUGGCAGAGUGUAUUCUCGCCAUUGAAGCUGUCCACAAUCUCGGUUACAUCCAUAGGGACAUUAAACCGGACAAUGUUCUUAUUGAUAAGAAUGGACAUCUGAAGUUGUCUGAUUUCGGUUUGUCGACCGGGUUACACAAGGUAUCAGAUGGAGAAUACUAUAAGCGAUACCUGGAGCAAGAAAAGACGAGGGACACCGCACGGAAUAGUGUCCAAGUCAACGCCAUCAACCUCACAAUGAGCAGGGAACAAAUUGCGACCUGGAAAGCCAAUCGUAGAAACCUCGCGUUCUCAACUGUCGGGACACCAGACUACAUUGCCCCUGAAGUGUUCAUGAUGAAAGGAUACGGCAAAGAAUGUGACUGGUGGUCUUUGGGUGCCAUCUUCUUUGAAUGUUUAGUCGGGUACGCUCCCUUCUGCUCUGACAAUCCAGGCGACACCUACAAGAAGAUCAUUGAUUGGCCCAACUAUCUAUACUUUCCUGAAGAGGUCUACAUUUCCCGAGAGGGAGAGAACCUUAUUCGCAGCAUGAUGACUUGGGCGGAUUCACGACUUACAGUCAACCAAAUCAAAGCUCAUCCCUUCUUCUAUGGUGCUGACUGGAACUCCUUGCGCCAUAUCGAGCCCCCCUUCGUGCCACACUUGCAGUCGAUCACCGAUACGUCGUACUUCCCGACUGACGAUCUCGGUAAUCUACCAGAUCAGUUGGAAAAGGUAGAAGGGAUUGGAGCAGAGAAGGAUCUGGCAUUUUUUGGGUAUGCGUAUCUCGCUUUCAAAACUCCGUUUCAGUGUUAA